AUGGCUUCAAAGACAUUGACUCUUGCUCCAUGUAGUCAGUCCUGGAAGAACCUUCAGCAAAUCACGAACAGGCACUUGAUGAGCAACACGAGGCUGGAUGGUGUUGCGGGGAUCUACGAACUAGAGAUGGCAAAAUCGAUCAAACCCAUUCACAGCUCUGGCAAUCAUGCUCCCGUCAACCUGACUGAUGCAGUCACCAAGUUUAUCUCGGAUGCAUUUUGUAUGAUUCUCUUUGGCAGCAUAGAGGAGAGAGUUUUGGAUCUGGUUCAAGCACUGCAUCGUUCUAUACUUUUGGAACCCCCUACAGCGGAUGAGCCCGAGGUGUUUCGCCCGGAGCGUUUCCUGGGCGAUCGAGCGAAAUCCAACCAAGAACUCAUGAUCCCAUUCUCUGCCGGGAGGAGAACUUGUCCGGGCAUGCCAAUAGCUUCCCGCGUGGUUCCUUUUGUGGUUGCAAGCUUGCUCCAUGCGUUUGAUUGGAAGAGUGAAGGCGAGAUCGAUUUGUCCGAGAGGUCGUCGGGAACUCUCUCGUGUAUGCCGGCGUCCGACUUGGUGGCAUUCGCAUCGGCAAGGCUCGAAACGUCUGUCUAUACCUGA